AAGCCUUUAUCCUAUUUUACUCCCACCCGGCCGCCUCUUUCUCUGUCCCUCUCAGAUUUUGUUCCUCUCUUUUCCCUCCGCCGGACUGCUCCCUCCCGCUGCCGGACUGUUCAGGAAGUAUGGCUGUUGAAGUUGAUGUGGUAAACGUAAAUGAGGAACUGACCCAGCCUCAUCAUGACGUGAAGCUGUUCAACCGGUGGACAUUUGACGAUGUCCAGGUGAACGACAUCUCGCUGGUUGACUAUGUUGGGGUUGCAACUGCCAAGCACGCCACCUAUGUCCCUCACACUGCUGGGAGGUACUCUGUGAAGCGGUUUCGAAAAGCUCAGUGCCCAAUUGUGGAGAGGCUCACAAAUUCACUCAUGAUGCACGGGCGAAACAACGGGAAGAAACUCAUGGCUGUCAGGAUUAUCAAGCACGCAAUGGAGAUUAUUCAUCUUCUGACUGAUCUGAACCCCAUUCAAGUGAUUGUGGAUGCGGUUGUGAACAGUGGACCACGUGAAGAUGCUACUCGAAUUGGUUCGGCUGGGGUUGUUAGGCGUCAGGCUGUGGAUAUAUCCCCGCUGCGUCGCGUGAAUCAAGCAAUAUAUCUUCUGACGACGGGUGCUCGGGAGGCUGCGUUCAGAAACAUCAAGACAAUUGCAGAGUGUCUGGCUGAUGAGCUUAUUAAUGCAGCAAAGGGUUCGUCCAACAGCUAUGCCAUCAAGAAAAAGGAUGAGAUUGAGAGAGUUGCAAAGGCAAAUCGUUGAGUUGAGGUUAUUUCUCAGCAACAGUUUUUGUGCGGUUUUGUUUUUGUUCAUCUCUAAAUUUAUUUAGACUUGAAAGAUUUUUGCUAAAAUCAACCUCUUUUUGGACCUAUUUCCAAGUUCCUCGUUCUUUUCUUUUCUGCUGUUCUAUCCUCAUUAGAUUUCCAAUACCAAUAUUUGAAGUUCCACA